AGUCCCGCCCCCCUGACAGCGCCUCGAGCCGCCGCCGCGAGAGCAUCCUCCGCCCAGAGCCGCUCCCGCCGCCAGAGCCGCCCCCGUCGCCGCCGCCGCCGCCUCCGCCGAGGGAAGGGAAGCGUAUCGUAUGUCCGCUAUCCAGAACCUCCAGCCCUUCGACCCCUUUGCGGAUGCAAGUAAGGGUGAUGACCUGCUCCCGGCCGGCACUGAGGACUACAUCCAUAUAAGGAUCCAGCAGCGCAACGGCAGGAAGACCCUCACCACAGUCCAGGGCAUCGCGGAUGACUACGAUAAAAAGAAACUGGUGAAGGCCUUCAAGAAGAAAUUUGCCUGCAAUGGUACUGUAAUUGAGCACCCCGAGUAUGGAGAAGUGAUUCAGUUGCAGGGUGACCAGCGCAAGAACAUCUGCCAGUUCCUCGUGGAGAUUGGACUGGCUAAAGACGACCAGCUGAAAGUCCACGGGUUUUAAGUGCCUGUGGCCACUGGAGCUUUAUGCAAGAAGAUAUCCUUACCAUGAAAUUCCCACCUCUCCCUUGUCAUAAGUUUAAAACCAGCCGGUUUGUGUAAUGUAACGAUCUUGGGUCCACUGUUGAGUCUGGACUGUUGUAAUUGGUGAUGUAAUAAACUGACACGAGCCCAUGCUA